UUGUUUGCGCGUGCGUGGUUUUGUGUCAGCCAUUCUCAACCUUUAACUGCCACCUCUCUGCGCAUGCGUUUUGGCUUUGCCUUUUUGGGCUUGGAUGUAGGGGGCUCUUCUUGUUUCCAGAUGUUCCAGCCGUGUUCGGCGCCUGCGCAGUAGCCGCUGCAGUAAGCCCCCCGAGGCUAGGUGGGUGAGCUUGAAGUUUAUUCGCAUGGCGGCUGAGUCCGGGUCCGAGCUAGGCUGGCAAGCUUUGCCCACGGCUGUCCUGGGCGCCUUGAGCACACUGGGCAGCGAAUUCCUGCGCGAGUGGGAGGCUCAGGACAUGCGUGUGACCCUCUUCAAGCUGCUGCUCCUGUGGCUGGUGCUGAGCCUCCUGGGGAUCCAGCUGGCCUGGGGGGUGUACGGAAGCACCGUGACUGGCCUGUACCACCGGCCGUCCUCGGGUCCGGGAGGCCAGAAUGGCUCCACUCCCGAUGGCUCUUCCUUGCUUCCUCCGUGGGAAACUUCAGAAAAUGAAUCUAUGAAAACUCAUCGCGAAUAAUGGAAGGAAGAAGCAUGGGCCUGGCUUUCCUGCUGCCUGUCUAUGUUGGAAUCCUGUCCUCCAAGGGUCUCAGUGAUACUGGCUGGGGUUUGUUUCUGGGGAGAUACUAGUCAGGGGAAUGGUGUAGGUUUGAGGAAAACAGGAAAUCUUUACUGGGGCCAAAUCUCAGAGAGGCUCUUCACUUCCCCGUUUUCCUUUUCUAGAUGUUCUUUCCCCUACUCAGGGAAAGGACAAGGCCCUGAGACCUUGCCCUUGAGGAAGCAUGGCCUACCUGACAUCUCCUUGCUACCCUCUCCUUCCUUGUGGGCUCUUGACUGUUGGCCCUCCUGGGAAAACCCCAUGCCUGGAAUGAAUCUAGGAGAGAGGCAAUGAAAAGGAGGACCGACCCUCAGUCUUGCUUUCAUCUUCCAGUUCUGAGGCCUUUGCAGAAUCACAGCCAGCACUUUUACAGUAGGGUGCUACAGUUAUGAGGUGACUUGGAAUAGAAAACUUCUCUGCUUGUUGGCCUAUGGCAACUUCUCUAGUAGAAUCUCAUUCUUUUUUUAAACCCUUUCCUUCUGUCUUAGUAUUGGUUCUAAGGCAGAAGAGUGGUAAGGGUU